AGAAAGUGGAUAACUGGAGGAGAAGCACAAGAGAAGCAUCAGUUGAAGGCAACAAUUGCAGCCAGACAGCACAGGAGACAGACCACAGCACAAGCAGGAGGUGGAUCUCAUAGUGUUUAAGGAUCAUGAAGAAGCUCUUCCUGGCUUUAUUUACAGUGGUGUACCUGACCUCUGUACAAUCUCAAAUCAACCCAUUAUCUCUCGAAGAGCUUGGUUCAGAUAUUGGAAUCCAGGUGUUUAACCAAGUGGUAAAGAACAAGCCUCAUGAUAACGUGGUCAUUUCUCCUCAUGGAGUCGCUACAGUGCUUGGCAUGCUUCAGCUGGGUGCAGAUGGCAAGACGAAAAAGCAGCUGAUAACCGCCAUGCGGUAUAAAGUGAAUGUUGUUGGGAAAAUACUAAAAAGGAUCAACAAGGCAAUAGUAGCAAAGAAGAAUAAAGAUAUUGUGAGCACGGCCAAUGCAGUGUUUGCCAACAGCGGAUUCAAGAUGGAGGAACCUUUUGUCUGUAAAAAUAAAGAGGUCUUUCACAGUCAAGUGAGAAAUGUUGACUUUCAGGACAGGAACACAGCUGCCUCUGUGAUCAACCAGUGGGUAAAGAAUGAGACAAAGGGUAUGAUCGACAACUUACUAUCUCCGGAGUUGUUAGACAGUUCGAUGACCAGAUUAGUUAUAAUCAAUGCCCUUUAUUUUAAGGGUCUUUGGAAAUCUCGUUUCCAACCAGAGAACACAAAAAAACGGACCUUCCAUGGUCCUGAUGGAAAAGCUUCUCAAGUACCAAUGCUGGCCCAACUUUCUUUGUUCCGAAGUGGAUCUGCAAGUACUCCCAGUGGCCUGUGGUACAAGGUGAUCGAGCUGCCUUACCAUGGAGGGAGUGUGAGCAUGCUGGUAGCGCUUCCUACAGAUGAAAGUACACCACUGUCUGCUAUCAUACCACACAUUAGCACAAAAACCCUGCAAAGCUGGAUGACCAUGACCCCUAAGAGAGUACAACUGAUUUUGCCUAAGUUCACAGUGGAGGCAGAUGCUGAUCUAAGGGACCCUCUUAGAAACCUUGGUAUCACUGAUAUGUUUGACUGCCAUAAAGCUAAUUUUACCAAGAUUACAAGAUCAGAGCAAGUUUAUGUUUCCCAUAUGCUGCAGAAAGCUAAAAUUGAAGUGAAAGAAGAUGGUACCAAGGCCUCAGCAGCCACCGCUGCAGUUUUGAUAGCAAGAUCAUCUCCUCCCUGGUUUAUAGUGGACAGACCAUUCUUGUUUAUCAUCAGGCAUAACCCGACAGGUGCCAUUCUCUUCACAGGACAAAUAAACAACCCUUAAGGGUGAACAACUCGCAUCAUACAUUCUGAACCUGGAGUUUUUUGUACAUUACUCUAGUUUUAUUUUGUGAAUGAUCAUUUUAAAUGGGAAGGCUUCACUGUGCUUUGAAUGAUAUUUUAUUGACCUUCGUAUGUAUUUUGAUACAGUUAGGCUCCAUUCACACGUCCGCAAUUUCGUUCUGCAUUUUGCCGAAUGGAAUUGCGGACCCAUUCAUUCCUAUGGGGCAGCAUGAUGUGCUGCCCGGACACUGAAUUGCGGAUCCGCACUU